AUGGCCCAGAUGAACUGCACGGAGGUAGAAGAGUUUAUUCUUUUGGGUCUCACAGACCGUCAAGACUUGAAGAUGCCCCUUCUUGUGAUUUUCUUCUCCAUCUAUGUCUUCACUGUAGUCGGUAACCUGGGUUUAAUCCUGCUCAUUAGAGCAGAUGCAAGACUCCACACACCAAUGUACUUCUUCCUCAGCAACCUGGCCUUUGUCGAUUUCUGUUACUCUUCUGUCAUUACACCCAAAAUGCUUGGGAAUUUCUUGUACAAGCAAAAUGUCAUCUCCUUCAAUGCAUGUGCUGCUCAGUUAGGCUGUUUCCUCACCUCCAUGAUAUCCGAAUGCUUGCUACUGGCUUCCAUGGCCUAUGACAGGUAUGUGGCCAUUUGCAACCCUCUCCUCUACAUGGUUGUGAUGUCUUCUGACAUCUGCAUUCAGCUUGCAGCAGUCCCCUAUGUCUACAGCAUCUCGACAGCUCUUUUUCACACCAUCCUCACCUUUCGCCUCACCUAUGGCCACUCCAAUAUCAUCAAUCAUUUUUAUUGUGAUGACAUGCCUCUGCUCGGGCUUGCCUGCUCAGACACUCACACCAAACAGCUGUGGAUCUAUAUCAGUGCUGGGAUGACAUACAUUCCGCCUGUUCUGAUUGUCUCUGUCUCUUACGUGUACAUCAUUUCUGCCAUCCUGAAGAUGAAGUCAGCAGAGGGCAGGCGCAAAGCCUUCUCCACAUGCGGCUCUCACAUGCUGGCUGUCACCAUCUUCUAUGGGACCCUCAUCUUCAUGUACUUGCAGCCCAGCUCGAACCAUUCUCUGGACAGAGAUAAGAUGGCCUCUGUCUUCUACACUGUGAUCAUUCCUAUGCUGAACCCCUUGAUCUAUAGUCUCAGGAACAAGGAUGUGAAAGACGCCCUCAUUAAAGUGAUCAAUAAAACACAGGCUUUAGCAUUCAUGAAAUCUGAAAGAUGA